GCAGCACAUACUGUAUAGGCAACACACACUAGUGUUCUUCAGGUCUAUCAGGAUGUGUUGCGCACGAGCUCAGGAAUGAGCGCAGAUCACAUGCCAGAGAUUCAGUCUCAUGUCAUUUGGAGAAAUGAUGAUGUUGAAGUGAAGUUAAAACCUCGCACGCGAGAAUCACAGUGAUAUCAGACGCACUGUUUCCUGGAGUGAAGAGCGUGACUUCUGAAUCCACCAUUGCGCUGGAUCACUUUUUAUUGAGUCGGUCGGAAUGUGACUCUUUUACGGCUGGAUUCACGCGUCACCGACGCGCUUUAGAGUUCGUGCGGAUUUGAGCGGAUUUCAGAAGCACAAAAUGUGCGAAAAGGGCCACAGUCGCGUUGGAAAAGACGAAGUGAUUCACACGGAGCAGACGAGAAGCUCCGAUCUGACCUCUGAUCGCACUGAAAUCACCGAAUGCGAAGACACCGGCACAGGUCCCACUCGUUUAUACCGGAGGAGAUGGCUCAUAGUGUUCCUCUUCAGCUCGUACUCGCUGUGCAACGCGUUCCAGUGGAUCCAGUAUGGAAUCAUCAACAACAUCUUCAUGAAGUUUUAUAACGUGACUUCCUUCGCCAUCGACUGGCUCUCCAUGAUCUAUAUGUUGACGUACAUCCCUUUCAUCUUUCCAGUGACAUGGCUGUUGGAUCGGAAGGGGCUGCGGGUGAUCGCGCUGGUCGCCGCGUCCAUCAACUGCGUCGGGACGUGGAUCAAAGUGGCCAGCGUGCAGCCCAGCCUGUUCUGGGUCACGAUGCUCGGACAGUUCGCCUGUUCAUUCGCGCAGGUGUUCAUCCUGGGAGUGCCGUCUCAGAUCGCGUCCGUGUGGUUCGGUUCGGAUGAGGUGUCCACCGCUUGCGCCAUCGGCGUGUUUGGAAACCAGCUUGGCAUUGCUAUCGGCUUCUUAGUGCCACCUGUUCUCGUGCCCAAUGUUGAUGACAUCAGUGAACUGGCUCAACACAUCAGCGUCAUGUUCUAUAUCACAGCUGGAGUGGCAACAGUUAUAUUUGUGCUGGUCGUGUUUGUGUUUCAGGAUAAACCAGAAAUCCCGCCAUCUGUGGCUCAAGUGGCACUUAGAAAUGCUCCUGCGGGUCAGUACUCGUACUCCGCGUCGAUCAGGAGACUGCUCUGCAACAAACCCUUCAUCCUGCUCAUCAUCACCUACGGACUGAAUGUGGGCUGUUUCUACGCCGUUUCCACCCUGUUGAAUAGAAUGAUCAUAGAGCAUUACCCUGGUGAAGAGGUGAAUGCUGGGAGGAUUGGUUUGACUCUUGUUAUUGCUGGGAUGGUCGGCUCACUCAUCUGUGGAAUCUGGCUGGACAAAACCAAGACUUACAAAGAGACUACACUCUCAGUUUAUCUGAUGUCAUUUGUGGGGAUGGUCAUCUACGCUUUAACCCUGGACCUAGGUCAUCUGUGGGUCGUGUUCCUCACAUCAGGAGCCCUGGGGUUCUUCAUGACGGGUUAUCUGCCGCUGGGUUUUGAGUUUGCAGUGGAGCUCACUUAUCCAGAAUCAGAAGGCACUUCAUCAGGACUGCUCAAUUGCUCAGCACAGAUAUUUGGAAUUGUAUUCACCAUCAUUCAAGGCAAAAUCAUUGAUCACUUUAGCACACUCGCUGGCAACAUCUUCCUCUGUGUUUUCCUCCUCAUCGGCUCAGUCAUGACAGCAUUUAUAGAAUCUGACCUGCGCCGACAGAAGGCCAACCAGCAGUCUCGCUCAGAGGCUAAUGCUAAUUCAACCAAUUGGUCUUCAGUGCAGCAUUAUGGGGCAACAAUACCCUACAGCCCCUUCCAGGAGGAGUUUCCACAUUAAACCACCAUCAAUGCCCACCACAACCUCGAAGGUCCAGAAAUCAUCUGAACACCCCGAAGAUGCAAAACCGUCCCCAGUGAAAGAGGUCAAGAUGUGAGGAUGGAAAACCAUCAGAGCAGCACACUCUUCAAUAUGUGCAUUUACACACAGACCUUACAUUACACUCCAUAAAAGACAUUUACAAAUAUGAGCUGCUUAAAGACUUUACAUUCCAAAUGUGGUUUUAGUGAAACAGAAAUUUGAUCAUGCAUUUCUUUACACAACUAAUAAAAAUACAUUUAUUUUAGCUCAAUAGAUAAGAAUGCUGGAAAUCAAUAUUAACGGCCUAAGCACAAGUGAAGGAACUUUUUUUAAUCUUGACAAUCUAUCUAUUGCUAUUGUCCUGCAAUAUUCUUUCAAAUGUAUUGAUCUCCUAAAAUAAGUGCCAGUUUUGUCGAAAUGCACUGUGCCUGCUGUAGCUGCUUGAACCACCCACUCUUAUUUAACCCAGAAAGUUAUCAAUAAUGCCGCCUAUUUACUGCAUCUGACAAAUGACAGACGAUACACUGAAAGUCAGUCAUUUCCAUUGGAGUCGCACAGGGGAUGUGUGGAGAUCCGACCAUCUGUGGAUGCAGCAUUGUUGGAUCCAAUAGAGCUGAUCAGCCGUGACGUCAAUUUGUAUGCAAAUCCGGAAAGCUAAUUUGCCAUGGGCCCCCUUAAAUUAUUUGGCCAGUCAAUGAAUAAUUAAUUUGAUUUUAUAUGAUUUAUUUGAAAUAAUUAAAAGAACAGUUUCAUGUCUAUCCUUGUAUUUUCCAUCUGGUCGAGGUUGAGAAGUGUUUUAGAAAGAAAUUAGUAAUCAGUCAUUUUUACUUUUCAGACAGAGUAAUUAGUACAGUAAUCUAAUUACACUGUAGUAUAUGUAAUUAGUAGUUAGUAAUGAAUUACUUUUUUAGAGUAACGUAUCCAGCACUUGUCACAAACCCAUUUAGUUUUAAGAUCAGAUAAAGCUGCGCUCAAUUUGAACAAAACCAUGAUGAAACUGACGUUUUUACAACAUUCUGACCACUGACACUCAUGUCGAACUGGUUGAGUGUGGAAAGGUUUGUGUGAGUGCAUCAUGGAUGUGAUCAGAAUACAGAGAUGAAUAUGUGGUCAUGUUUUAUAGCGCAGUGCAAUACUGACCGACUGUGCAACAGUGCUGCAAGCGUGUACAUGAUCGGCUCAUACUGGUGAGAGAUGUUAAGAAUAAACGAGAAAACAAACUAUUUACAAGCAUAUUUAUAAGGGUUUAUAUAUUUACAUUUACAUUUAUGCAUUUGGCAGACGCUUUUAUCCAAAGCGACUUACAGUGCACUUAUUACAGGGACAAUCCCCCCGGAGCUAAGUGUCUUGCUCAAGGACACAAUGGUGGUGGCCGCGGGUUAGAACCUGUGACCUUCUGAUUAACAGCCCUGUGCUUUAGCCACUACGCCACCACCACUCCGGUGUUCACAAUAUGUUGUUGUGUAUUAUGUAGUGAGAGUUUAUGAAUCAGACCAAAGUUAGAAAUAAAAUGCACACAUAUUGACACUUUUGUCUCUUUUCAAAAAGAUGCUUUAUGAAUUUGAUUCCUUAAGAUAAUUCAUUUUAUUCAUUUGGUAUGGCUUUAAAUAUCCAGAACUGUUGUGUUCUCUAAUCUGAUGCGUGUGACAUUUUUAAAUAAUUUUCUUGUUAGACAUGUGAUGUAUUACAUUGUGUUAUUCCUCUGUGUUGUUGUUGUUGUUGUUCACAUCUUAGAGUAUUUGUAAAGAAUCAUUUUGAAUAUACAGUAAUCUGUCCAAUCUCAUGAGUCACUUAUUCAAUAAUAAAGAGUGAUUACUAGUUUUUCAAAGUGUUACUUUUGUGAGCAUGUCUUGUAUUUCCCCUGAAACAUGUGCUGUCUGUACUCUGCAUGUUAGCAGGUCAGGUGUUUAACAUGCAAAUGAGUCAUGUAAACAUCAUUAAUAACACGCAUUCCAGGAAAAGCCAUAAUAGUAGCCUUAUUAGUAAUAUGUGGGCAUUUCUUCAACUUCAGCACUUUUAGCACAGUGAAUUUAUAGAAAGUAGAGUGCAACGGAACGAAAUGGAAAUGACAUUUUUAACGCUUUUAAAUAAAAUAGCCUCUUGUCUUGCUCAGGCUAAUUUCAUAGCAAACAUUUUGUUUCAUAAAUACACAAAAUUAAAUCUUAUUUUCACUCAUUGUGCAUAAUUUGACAAAAUUUCAGCUUGAUUGGAAAUGACGGCUGAUAAAAAGUGAUACAUACCUUUAUUUCUUUGUUAUGUCUCAUAUUUCAUCUCAAGCAUGCUCUUCUCUGACACGUUUGUCCACUUGAUUAACUAGUAAUUGUAAUUGU